AGUUAUUGCUGUCAUCCUCUUUCACCAGCUUUGAACUGAGCUUAUUUGAGCUUGGUCGCUCUCACACAGUGUUGUGUGCUGUGGUCUAUCGGCCUCCCAAGUACAAUAAGGUCUUUUUAAAUGACUUUUCUGAUUUCCUGGCUGAAAUCAUGCCUAAAUAUGACCGUGUUCUUAUUGUUGGGGAUUUUAAUGUUCAUGUGUGUUGUCCUGAUAAGCCAAUGGCAAAGGGGUUUCUAAACCUCAUUGAUUCUUUUAAUCUUGUGCAAUCUGUGUCUGGACCCACACAAGAACACAGACACACACUUGAUCUUGUCUUAUCAUAUGGUUUGCCCGUUUUUAACCUAGAGAUACGUGACACAGUGUUUCCUGACCAUAUGCCUGUAUUAUUUGAGGCUGCUCUUGCCUGUCAUACAGUUAAACCUCGCGCUGCUGCUCGACGCUGUCGCAUUAUUAACCCUUCCACUGCUGUUCAGUUCUCAGUUGCUUUCAGUCAGAACUCCAUCAUUCCUGAGUCUGUGUGCAAUUCAGAAGAGCUUACCUCAUGGUUUCACUCCACCUGCCAAACUGUUUUAGACACUGUGGCUCCAUUAAAAUCCAGGCAGCCUAAAACUAAAUCUGAGCCCUGGCUAAAUGACACAACUCAUGCUGUCAGACGUGAGUGCCGUAGAGCUGAGCGCAAGUGGAAGAAGGACAAACUGCAGGUGUCUUUUCAAAUGUUAAGGGACUGCUGGCGUCAUUAUCAGAAAACUGUGAAAGAUGCUAAAAGAAAACAUUUCUCGGAUAUUAUCCAGUCAAACUGUCACAAGCCUUUGUUAAACACUAUUGACUCAGUUCUUAAUGCCCCACAAACUGCCUGUAUGGAGGCGUCCCCUGCUGUGUGUGGAAACUUCCUUCACUUUUUUAUUGAUAAGGUCACUUCAAUUAGGGCUCAAAUCUCACCUUCAGCUUAUGACCCCUCAAUCUCUGUUCCCUGCUCUGCUGUUUUUGACCAUUUUGAGCCUGUGACUUUUUCCUUUUUACCGGAGGUUGUUGGUCAUUUGAAGCCCUCGGGUUCUCCAAAUGAUGCUGUCCCCCCUCGACUAUUUAAAGAGGUUUUCCCCACUGUAGGACCAUCUGUUAUUGCAGUCAUAAAUAGCAGUCUGUCCUCAGGUGUGGUCCCUUAAAAUUUUAAACAUGCAGUAGUGCAACCUCUGAUUAAAAAACCUGCUCUAGAUCCUGCAGUUCUUGCUAAUUUCAGGCCUAUCUCCAAAUUGCCUUUCCUUUUAAAAAAUCCUGGAGAAGGUUGUGCACAGUCAAUUAAUGGCCUUUCUGGAAGAACAUAAUAUCCUAGAGGUUUUCCUAUCCGGUUUUAAAACCCUGCACAGCACCGAAUCAGCUCUCUUGAGAGUUUUUAUUGAUAUCUUUUGAGCUACUGACUCUGGUGACUGUGUUAUCCUUGUGCUUUUAGAUUUAACUACUGCAUUUGACACAGUGGAUCAGUGGGUCCUCCAUCGCCCGUCUCCAGAUGGUACAGAAUGCUGCUGCAUGUCUUUUAACUGGCACACGUAAACAUGAGCACAUUUCCCCCAUUUUAGCCUCACUCCACUGGCUGCCUAUUCAAUUUAGGAUCCAUUUUAAAAUUCUUUUAUUUGCUUUUAAAUCCCUGAAUGGUCUUGCCUCGCCCUACCUCUCUGAGCUUCUACACCCCUAUAUACCCAUCCGCCCCCUCAGGUCAGAUGAUCAGCUGCUCCUGAGUGUGCCUAAAACUAAGCGGAAGCUCAGAGGGAACCAUGCCUUUGCUGUGUCUGUUCCUAAAUUAUGGAAUGAUCUGCCUCUGCACGUUAAACAGGCCUCUUCUGUCUGUUUUUAAAUCCCGUCUUAAAACCCAUCUCUUCUCUGUGGCCUUUGACACCUAGUAAGAUGUCGACUUUAUUUACUUGAUUUAAUUUCUUAUUUUGCUUAUUAUUGCGCGGCUAUUAUUUUUAGUCAUGUUUUAUGUCUUUUCUUUUUUCUUAUUUUAUGUAAUUCUGCGCCUCGUGAGCUGUUAUGUCUUUUAUUUAUGAUGUCUUAUUUAUUCUCCUGUACAGCACUUUGGUCAACUUUGGUUGUUUUAAAUUGCUUAACAAGUAAAGUUGGAUUGGAUAAAGAUUCAAUUCAAUUUCAAUUAAAUUCAGUUUUAUUUGUAUAGCGCCAAUUCAUAACAGAAGUUAUCUCAGGACACUUUUCAAAUAGAGCAGGUCUAGACCGAACUCUUUAACAUUAAUUACAGAGACCCAACAGUACCACCAUGAGCAAGCACUUGGCGACAAGGGCAAGGAAAAACUGCCUGUUAAAAGGCAGAAACCUAGGACAGAUCCUCCGGCUCUAGGUUUCUGCCUUUUAACAGGCAGUUUUUCCUUGCCCUUGUCGCCAAGUGCUUGCUCAUGGUGGUACUGUUGGGUCUCUGUAAUUAAUGUUAAAGAGUUCGGUCUAGACCUGCUCUAUUUGAAAAGUGUCCUGAGAUAACUUCUGUUAUGAAUUGGCGCUAUACAAAUA